AUGUACUGGAAAGUACGUGCCAAAUCUAAUCAGCUAAAGUUAGGAGAUGCUAAUACAAAGUACUACCACACUUGUGCUUCCAUUAGGAGAAACCGCAAUAUAAUUUCGGCAAUUAAGGAUGUUUCAAAUUCAAUUCUAUCUCAUCCUAAGGAUAUUGAAGAAUGUUUCACGGCUGCGUUUAAAUCUAGAUUUUUAGCUAAUGCAAGUUGUAGGGUUGAUUCAGAUAUUGAUUUAGAAUUAUUAUCUCCAAUAAUAUCUGAGGAGGAUAAUGAACAACUAUGUGCGACUGUUACUAUGACAGAAGUUAAAGAGGCUGUUUUUGAUCUUGCUCCUGAUAAAGCGUCGGGCCCUGAUGGGUUCACCCCUUUUUUCUAUCAAAAAUAUUGGUCGCUGGGAGCUUUUGUACCUGAAAGACUAAUUCAGGAUAACAUUCUGUUAGCUCAUGAAGUGUUUCAUUCUUUUAAAAAUAAAAAGGGGAGAGAAGGAUGGGUGGCUAUUAAAUUGGAUAUGGAAAAAGCAUAUGAUAGGCUGGAAUGGAGCUAUGUGCUGGCCUGCUUACGAAAAUUAGGGUUCUGUGAAAAAUGGGUUAGUUGGGUAGAACAGUGCAUUACGACUGUUUCUUUUUCUGUGCCGGUUAAUGGUAUUCCAGGUGAUAUGUUUUGCCCGUCCAGGGGGAUUCGGCAAGGAGAUCCUCUUUCUCCGUAUAUUUUCAUUUUAUGUGCGGAAAUGUUGGCUAGAUUACUCUUUCAGGCUAGUAUUGAAGCACCUAAAUUAAUUGGUGUUACUCUAGGACAUUCCAGGUGUAAUAUACCAUUCUUAACGUUUGCGGAUGAUACAAUGAUAUUUGCAAAAGCAAAAAUGGAGAGUUGUACUGCCAUCAAAUCUAUCCUUGAGAAGUAUUGUCUCAUGUCAGGGAACUAUUUAGGGUGUCCUCUAGUUAGUGGUAAAGUGACAAAUUCUUCCUUUUCAUUGAUUCAGGAACGGGUUUCCGCCCAAUUAACUAAAUGGCGUGCUAACUCUCUUUCGCAGGCAGGUAGAACUGUUUUAAUCCAAUCUAAUCUAGCGUCAAAAGCAAGUUUUCAGAUGCAGAGUUUCUCUUUACCCCCCCAUAUUCUUUCUUCUUUGGAUAAGUCUUAUAGGAAUUUCUUAUGGAACAAGGAUCUUGAGUCUAAAGCUCCUAAUUUGAUAGGGUGGAAUAAGGUUUGUAUUCCCAAGAAGAUGAGCGGAUUAGGUUUAAUAAAAGCAAAGAUUAAUAAUCAAGCUCUGCAGCUAAAAUUACUUUGGAAAUUGAUUAGGAUGCCGGAUAAUUUGUGGGUAAAGUUGGUUACUCAGAAGUACUUAAAACGAGAAACUCUGUUUACUUACCAGCCUAAGACUAAUGUUUCUUGGCAAUGGCGUAAGCUAAUGGCUCUCAGGGCCCCAUUUAAGAGGGGGCUAAGAUGGAUAGUUGGGGAUGGUAAGGCUAUUUCCUUUUGGGAUGAUAAUUGGGUUUAUGAAUCGCCAAUUAGCGAGAGAUGUUUGCCGCGUCCAAAUUUUGAACACCUUAAAGUAAGUUUUUUUAUUUCUGAUUCGGGAAAUUGGAAUUUUGAUCUGUUAAGACAGUUUGUUCCUAUGAAUGUUGUUAAGGAUAUUGGUAGUAUUUUCCUCCCCUCAAAUAGGGUAGAAGAUAAGAUCGUCUGGGGGUUAACAGCGGAUGGUGAAUAUUCUGUUCAGUCAGGUGCUCGCCUUUUACAAGAGGAUGCGCAUCAUUUGUUCAUUUCCUGCCCUUAUAGUCAAGAUGUCUUUGCUCAUACUUCGGAGCUCUCUACUCACGCAUCUAUUCCUAGGAUGGAUAAUUCCUCCUGCUUCAUAGAAUAUGUUUGUAAUUUAAAAAGAGUUAAUUCUGUGAAGGAUAUUAGUUUUAUUGCUAUUGUCUGGUGGUUUAUCUGGUAUGCCAGAAAUAAUAUCAUUUUUCGUCAACAUUCGAUUUCUACAGGGGCUCUAGGAAGUAUGAUUAAAUCGUUUAUUCACAAUUGGGAACAGGCUAAUAAGGGGUUGAAUUUGGAUUCUACCACCUCUUCUAUUUCCAAUAAGGUCGCCAAUAAGAGGCCUCACAGGACAAACAUAAGUUGGGUUCUACCUCCAAUUAAUUAUGUUAAAAUUAAUUUUGAUGGCUCCAAGACUAUUGAUGGGCGUACAGCUUAUGGAUUUGUAAUUAGAGAUUCUGAGGGCAACCUUCUUCUAAGUGGAGCUAGUCAAAUUGCGCAGCAUCAAUCUGUGCUUGUGGCGGAAGCCUGGGGUCUUAGAGAAGGGAUUCUUGCGUGCCUUUUUAGGGUCAAGAAUAUCAUUAUUGAAGGAGAUAACAUGUCUGUUAUCAGGCUAUUAAACGAAUUUGGAAAAUCCCGUGGUCUAUCGAAGCUCUUAUUAUUGAUUCUGAAAAAGAUUUGA